AUGAUAGCAUUGGGCGACAUCUACAAGGUGGUGGAGGCGAUGGCGCCGCUCUACUUUGCACUGGGGCUCGGGUACGGGUCGGUGCGAUGGUGGCGGUUCUUCACGGCGGAGCAGUGCGGCGCCAUCAACACGCUGGUGGUCUGCUUCUCCAUGCCCUUCUUCACCUUCGAUUUCGUGGUCCGCGCCGACCCCUACGCCAUGAAUUACCGCGUCAUCGCGGCCGACGCCGUCGCCAAACUUCUCGCCGUGCUCGCCGCGGCCGUCUGGGCGCGCUGCGCCAAGGCCAAGGCCGGUGCCUACUCGUGGUCCAUCACGGGGUUCUCCCUGGGCGCGUACAACAACACGCUCGUCGUCGGCGUGCCGCUGCUGGACGCCAUGUACGGCAAGUGGGCGCAGGACCUGAUCGUGCAGAUCGCCGUCGUGCAGGCCAUCGUGUGGUUCCCGCUCCUUCUGCUCGCCUUCGAGCUGCGGAAAGCCUGGGUCGUCGGCGGCGCCUCUUCUUUGAGUGCCACAACGGCCCGCGACGACGGAUCCACCACUAGCGACGACGACCGAGCACAGCACGUCGAGAUGGACGUGGAAGCGGCGCCGCCCACCGGUGGAAGGAGGAUUCGGCUGUGGCCGAUGGCGAGCACCGUUGGGAUGAAGCUGGCGAGGAACCCGAACGUGUACGCCAGCGUCCUCGGCGUCGCCUGGGCGUGCAUCGCCUAUAGGUGGCGCAUCGGCAUGCCGGGCGUCGUGACGGGCUCGCUGCAGGUCAUGUCUAGGACCGGCACCGGGAUGUCCAUGUUCAGCAUGGGGUUGUUCAUGGCGCAGCAGGAGAGAAUCGUGGCGUGCGGCGGGGGACUGGCGGCGCUGGGGAUGGUGCUGCGCUUCGUCGCGGGCCCACUCUCGGCGCUCGCCGGAGCCGCCGCGUUCGGCCUCCGCGGCGACGUGCUACGCUUCGCCAUCAUACAGGCAGCACUACCGCAAUCAAUUGCCUCCUUCGUCUUCGCAAAGGAGUAUGGCCUCCACGCCGAUGUACUUAGCACGGCGGUAAUAUUUGGAACUUUGGUUUCUUUGCCGGUACUCAUCGGGUAUUACGGAGUUCUCGAUAUCGUGUGA